AUGCCCAAACUUUUCAUGAAUAUGUUUCAGACCACUCGCAAAGGGCUGGUCAAUGAGAUGACCUGGCUGCACUGGGUUCCGGUGAACAUGUCAGUAUCCAAAUCUUGCACCAGAGAUGACCAUCUCAGGCAUUCGCCAUCAGAUAAGUAUCAGGAGCAAAUUGUGCGCAAGAGCUUGUUAUUUCGAAGUGACACGUUUGAUGACAAGUACGUGCUGGAAAGCAGAAAGGCAAGGUUGAGAGCAUAUAAUGCAGAUGCGAAUAGCCGCAUGAUUCCUACGAUCUCGACAAUGCAGCUACCCAUACGAGAUUCACAGGGGCCUCAAGUCGCUCCCACCCAUCAAAAACCCACCCUAACGACAUUGCCAAUCGACAUCAAGCAUGAGAUCUUCUCCUACCUCUUGCUCGGAAAGAAUGUCAAAUACUCAACCGGCGGUCAUGCUCCAGGACACAGCUACACAUUCCAUACGCGCAUCAUGCGCACUAACAAGCAGUUGUACAAGGAGACCUACGACUACCUGCGCUCACACAACGAGUUUGCUCUCGCCCACUUCAAGUAUCCACGCCUUCUGAGUGGCUUUUCUCCUUACAUCGCCGCUGGAAAGAAGGUCAAAAACUUCCGGGACCCUGCCAUCGAGAUAACCGUCGAGGACCUGGAACCCAAGGCCCGAUGGCCUGACCACAACCCUUCCCUCAAUCGCCCGUCAGAUCGGGUCUAUGUACAACGCGUGCUCUUCCUGGCUCAAGACCUACCACACUUCACCCGUCAGCUGCAGCUGGAGAUCCACGUCUGGCCAUCUUCUCAGAUCUACGUCCAUCCACCGCGCGCGACGAGCCUGCUCCAAUACACUCCAACCGUCGUCAAGAACGAUCGCAAGAUCGCUUGGAAGGUCAACCCUAGCCAUCGUACAGAUCUCACUACUGAAGAACGCCGAGCACGUCAAGAAAGAUUGAUCGCCCCUAUGGCUGCUGUAUUUGGACACGGACAAACGAUUCGCUUCCCUGGUGUUGAUGCAGACAUUGCUACUCGUGUCAUACAAUCCAUGACGCCUCGUUUGAUCUCGGUUGAUGCGGUUGGAUGGAACCUCUUGGAGAAUAUGCAAGCCCAGAAACGCCGCUUAGACGAAUGUCUGGUCAACGGCUUCGGUGAGCCACAUGACCUGAUGCAGGCAUACGUCUUGACAGCUCAGUUGGUGUAUCAUGCGGGUACAUGGUCUCAAUAUUCUCCUCAUUACAACACUGCACUUCUGCUCAAUACUCCUUACAGAACGAGCAUCCAAGCCUUGCAGCCAUUGGCGCACUUGUCAUUCAAAUCCCUGCCUCAGCGCGAUACUUCAAGUGACAUUUGGCUGCAUGGUGUUGCAACCAUGGGUCUGGAAUGCCUUCUUAACGCCAUGGGUCUGGCUCUCGACACUGGCAACUGGAUGCCCUUACUCGGUCCGAUGAUAACCAUGACUCUGUUGUGCAUGGCCAACAAUCCCUUUUGUUCCAAACCAAUUCGACAAGAGCUCUUGGACACCAUUCACCACUACAAAGCUUGGUCUCUAGUCUUCUCAGAUGUCAUGCAGAAGAUCCUCGACGACAGUCACUUAAGAUCAGCCGUCUUCGAUCUGGAGCAUCGUGCUUCCGAGGGCCGAGGCAAGGAAUUUUUACUUGAAGACAUCCAGCGUCUCAAAGAGAUCAUGAAGACUGACCCGACGCCUGGAAACACGGACGAGUACUUCGCUCCUGGACUCAGACGACGCAAACGCCAAUUCACCGAGCCACUCAACCUUGUGCGUCCCAAGGAUCUUCAUGGAUGGACGUCCGACGCGAUUGACAGCUUGGACGACGAAGUCAGAAAGAGCAUCUUCAAGCACUCGGAUGCUGCAAUCAAGAGCAAGAUACCUGUGCCUGCUGGAAAGACUCGUGCGGAGGGACAUGUGAUGUUGAAGAUCAUCAACGGCACCCCUAGUACCGGUUGA